CCAUCGCUACGUGAAAUGUGGCCGUACGCCGUACAGCGGAACGCGGAGCAUGGUCACCCAAGACCACCCACCAUGGAGGCCCACGCAUCUCUAACGUCUACAUUGUCUCCAACAAAAGGAAGGAUUUUUAAACCUAAUUUAAAAAACGCAAAACGCAAUGAAUAAGAUUUUGUCAAGUGGAACUCUUGGCCGAUCUCAGUACCAAGCUAUAAAAUAAAAUAAAAAUAAUUUUUAAACUAUUGACAAUGCGCACCAGCUACAAGAAGAACAGACCCUUCGACUUCAAGUUGAUCGACCUGGUGGAACCGAAUCCCGUGCUCUACAAAAGGUCCGGGCUCUCGAACUACGAUGCCAUGAAGGCGAAAACGGACGUUUGGGCCAGGAUAGCCGAGCGGAUGGGUUGCGAUGUGGACUUCUGCCUGAUGCGCUGGAACAACCUGCACUACCAGUUCCGCAAGGAGUUCCGCCGGGCGGACACCAGCGGCUCCACCUGGCCGUACUUGGAGCGCCUUCGGUUUCUGGCCGAGAACCAGCCGCCAUCGAGAAGCAAAAGCAAAUCCAAGGCCAGGGACUCCCCCGGCAAACAGGAGGAGGCCAUCCAGGAGGGGAUUCCCGUGCAGUUCCUCUGGGAGACCUACGAAAAUGGGGAGGUCCCUCAACAGCCCAGCACCUUCAUCAUUGAGGAGGUCAUCGAGGAGCCCGGCGAGCAGAUCAUUCACGAGGAAAUCAUCUACGAGGAACAGGAGCCGGCGGAGAUACUCUCCCCCAGGAGCAGCUUCCUGCAGAUGGACCAGGUGCUGGCACAACUCAAAGAUCCCCAGCGAAAACGCGCGGAGCGCAGGAUCACAGCCUUCCUGCUCAAGUGCCAGCUGCGUGCCUUGAGUAAUCAGUCCGUUGAGGACCUCACGAUUUAGCUUUUACUUUACAUACUCUCAACUUUAUUAAAAAACAGAAUAAACUUAGAUUACACCUUGCA